AUGUCCCUAGGAAUCACGCAACUAUGGAAAGCCCGUUCCCACCGCACCGGCGUCUCUGGGAUAUCUCUGAUUCCUAGGGGUCCUCCGAGAUGGUCUAGGGCACCCUCAGCUCAGCUGCCGCUGUCCUGCCGAUGGAUGCACCAAGUCUCUGACGCUGCGGAAAUUUCGAACCCUGACAAGACGACCCUCCCUCAAGGAGAAGAAAAUACAGAUCAGACGAACGAUCGAACGAGCCACGAUGCUGCAACGAACUCGGCGGACCGACCUGCAGCUGGUGAAGAUGCGACCCUUCAACAGGCAAGACGGACCGAAGAAACAGAACAGCCCGAAAGUGUCGAUCGUGUUCUCAAUGCGUCGUCUACGCGCGAGCCGCCACUGUCUUCGAGCAUUUCCGACUCGUCGGUGCCGGCAUCAGGCCCCAACGGUUUGGGCUCGGUUUUCAGAAGAACUGGCAAGAGGAGCCCUAUUCAGGCAGGAUCAGACCGAGACGGUCGGUCGGCUGGCAAUCAGAGUCAUACCAAACCUCGUGGUAGGCCACAUCAGCCAAAUGGAGAGCUUGUCGCAAGGCAGCGGAAUUCGAUUCUCGUUCCGCCGCUUGUGAAAUACAAUCUUUUCCGCGAGACCAUGUCUGGCCUCAACCGACAUCACCGGGGUGUGAGAAGGCAGUUGCGCUUGGAGGCCAUUCGAGAUAUCAAGGGCGACCCUCUUCCAAACUGGCGUACCAUUUUGGACGUCCUGCGCCGGAAGACCCGACCAGUACGUGGACGUUGGCAGAAACAUGGUCGCAAGAUUGCUAUCUCGACAAAGCUUGCAGAGGUCCUGCUCCACCACCCCGACCACACGAUCUGGGAUAUCAGCGACAGAACACGAUGCCACGUCGAGCUCUGUACGAUCAAAGAAGGCUCGCCGACAAGACCUCGCCUGUUGUUGUCGGGAGACGACGAGGCCCUGGAGUUCGCGGUCGAUGAAGUUACCCAACUGGCCAGGACUCACGGAAGCACAACGAGCAUCGAAGGGCAAAUGGGCAGUAAGAUGUCGCAGAAGGAUGUACCGAAAGGAAUGUCAGAAACGAAUGAUGAUGGGGGGCAAGUGUGGGACAGUUUCAAACCGUCCCAACGGCCUUCUAACAUUCCGCCGUUCAUUUCACGAGGCAAAUUCGAGCGUCUUCCCGUGCCGGAUGAGUGGACUCCUCGGACUUUGGAGAAGUACAUUGUGGCUAUAAGCAAUGCAAAGCUUCUUCCGGGCAGUGCGGCCAGGUUAUACGGCUCGGGUGUCGCAGCAAAGAAUGCGGCGUUUGGCUUGCUUCUCAAAACCCUCGAUGAUCCCGCCACGAGCCAUGCCCUGACCACUCGGACUUUCAAAGUGGCUCUACAGGCUAUCGAAAACCACGGUCACUCAUACCGACAUUAUGCCCGCGAUCUAUUCGACAUCAUGCUCAAACGAAAGGUUCCGCUAGACACCGGUGUCUUCAAUAUAUUAUUAUCGGGAACAGACAUCGUGAAGGACCUGGGCAAUUUCGACAACGUAUUAUCGAUGAUGAUUUUCCACAACUGUAUGCCUGAUAUCAGGACUUGGGUCCUCGUACUCCAGAUGGUGGAGGACGUGACUAUCCGGCGGCACACCAUCAAGCUCAUGUACCUGUCUGGCCUUCUCACCGAUCCGGAUGCCGGGAAGCGAGUGGCUAGAGCGCUCAUCGUCUUCGACGUUCGCGCACGUCAGCCAACUUGGACAGGACUGGCAGACUUUCUCCGCACUGAAGAAGCCGUAUACGGCAAGAGAUGGAUGUCCUUGUCCAACAUGAAUAAACUACUCAAAGAACUCGGGAGACUGGGUCACCUCCAGGAUGCAUGCCAGCUUCUCGACACCAUGUUCGACAGCUAUUCGAUCCGCCCUUCGACCUUGUCUAUCAAAAUCGUCGUGUAUCACGCGAGGCUUCACCGAAAGACGGAAUGGAUCAUUGCCGCCUUGCGGGUGGCGCACCGUCAUCUCAUCCCACUCGACGAAGACAUAUACCACGAGCUCUUCGCCUUUUCUCAAAGGAUGCGAAGAUCCAACAUGAUGGGCCUCGUCUGGCUCGCCGCCUCCGUCACGCAUAGUACCUCGUGGCACAUGCGGAGGGACGUCUCUAGACUGACUACCUUGCCCGGCGAACCAGGGAUCGUGGGAACGGCGCCCCGUGUCAAAAACCCCGGGGGUGCGGCUCCCAUCUACACGAUCCCGGAAUUCGACAAAAUGAGGCCCACCGGCCUAUUUUCGGAGUCUCGACCACGGAGAGGCGCCGCCAUCCAAAGCCUCCUGGCCGACAGGUACGACGAGUGGACCUUGGAGAAGCCGCUCCACGAACUGCUGGAAGCUGCCUGGGACGUCGACAACGAGAUUUACAAUUCCCACAUCAAAAUUGUCAAGCAAAGGCAACAACAACAACAAGAUGCGGCCGCCGUCGAUACUGCCGACGCGGUGCCCCCGGAGAGGGAGCCCAUCCCACAAGUCACCACCACGCAGGGCGUCCCCCUCCUCAUCAGGCGGAAAUGGUAUGACGAGAACGGCAAAGGGACUAGGCGGCGUCGGGAACUGGCCGUACCCAUUCUGCACGUCACCCCGGGCCCCGUCGAGGCCGUCCAAGAACCCGUCGAGGCCGUCCAAGAAACUCGUCAGGCGGAAGAUCAACCGCUAGGCGAACGAGAUGAAGAUAUACAUGUACAACAACAAUCACAAUGUGAAGAUAGGCUAUAA